CAAGGCAUCGAUCCGAUCGAUGCCCAGCCAAAGAAUUAAGAACUUUUUGGCCCAAGAAGAGGCCGUUUGUAACUUCGCAACUCGUAACACACGCUCACACACAUAGACACAAGAGCACUAAACACACAUACACUCUCACAUACACACACACACUUCCGCUGGCGAAUUCCUCGGGCAGCAGGAAAAAAAGAGAUGAAAAAAGUACAAGUUACAUAACUCGCUGGUAGUAAUUGUUGGUGGGCCAUGAGGGGCUGGGAGGAGGGGUCUCCGUCGCCUGCAUCUUCAUCCGCGAAUCCGAAAAUCCGAUACGUUUCAGAGUCGCAAAUCGCAGUCAAGAGUUAAGCACUAAACGCAAGAAAAACACAAGCAUACGCAGAAUCCCACUGAUUCUCGAACUAAGCCAAAAACCGGAAGGACCCCUACUCAUCCACAACAACAACAAAAGGAGCAGGAGCAACCACAACAACAGCAACAUCAUCGGAUGAUAACGUAACAUUGGAGCCACACCAUAUCCAGUUCAGCGGACAUCGCAAACAAUUUCGAAUUGCAGAUCAUCACUACAUCCCCAUCCGACAUGUCGGCGGCCCGCCUGCCCUACUAUCAACAGGAUCAGGAGGACAACCACGAUAAUGGCAAUCACCACCAUCAGCUGCAGCGGCGCGCCGGGCGAGGCCAUCAGCGCGGCUACCAUGAGAGGGGCUCCGGCGGAUCCUCCAGGUGGGAGCGCAAUCGCUACAGUCGCAGCCGUUCGCGUUCUCGCAGUCGCAGUCGUAGCCGCUCUGCGGAACGCUCUGGACAGCGCCGCCGCCGCCAGGAACAGCAGCGUCAGGCGUCCCGUCACCACAGGGAUCGCGACUCCAGAGAUCGCUCAAGAGACCGUUCCAGGGAUCGCUCAAGGGACCGUUCCAGGGAUCGCUCAAGGGACCGCUCCAGGGAUCGUGACCGGGAGUACUCUAGGCGCUCCAGCCACUACCGCCGUUCGGAAUCCCCGUCCUCUGGCCCUAGCCAUAUAUCCGGAUCCAGCAGCAACCACAAUAGCCAGCGUAGGGGCCACCUGCCAUCGUCCUCCGGCAGACCAGAGCUGAGUGCCGUACAGAAGGCAGCCGCUGCAGCUGCCGCCGCCGCAGAUCAAGUGCAAUUGGCCGGAAAGAGCAUGACAGCCGCUGCUGCCGCCUCCGCAGUGGGUGCCUACUAUAACCUGGACACCGACGAGCCCUUUGACAAGGAGCGCAUCCACCGCGAGAUGGAGCAGAAGCUGCGCGAAGCACUGGCCAGAGAGGGUAAAGUGUAUCCACCGCCCAAGCCGGAGCCACCUUCGCAUCCCGUGUUCGCCAACGAUGGCUCAUUUAUGGAGCUGUUUAAGAAGAUGCAAGAGGACCAGAAGCAGCAGGUUGGCAGCCAACCAAUGCAACAGCCAGCUGCAAUGGAGGAGCUCCUCCAGCAGCAGCAAUUGGUCUCGCCGGAGGUCUCCUCAGUGCCCGCGCUGCCGGCCAUUGCUGUAGGGGCUGCCAGCAGUGCUGCCGCUCCAUACAUAGCCGCAGCGGCGGCCGGCAAGUCUGCGCCACCCCCUCCGCUUGUGGGACGGCGUCGCGGCGGAAAGGUCCUGAAGACCGGCGUUGUGGCCAAGCUGAAGACGCCCAAUGAGAGCGACGUGGACCCGAAGGACUUCUGGUCGUUGUAUCUGGCCGAGGUCAAUAAAUACAAGAGCAACGCCUGCGAUACGGACAACGGCAAGCGACCGCUGGUCAAAUAGUCGCAGCAACAGUGGCCACACCUCAUAGAAACAUGUACUUGAACGCAGGCAGACCAACAAACGUGAACUCCACAGCUCCAAAUUCGAUUCUGAUUCGACCAAAUACCAUCCAUUCUUCCGUAAACUCGAGAUACACACACACGCUCUGAGAUAACCCAAACCCAAUCCCCAUUGAAGAUUUUGUACACAAGAAAAUGCGAGCACAGAUCCGUAGCUUAUAGAUAUAUAGAUAUUGGAGGGCUUUUGAGCUGCAAGCGCGAGCAGUGUAAUUUGUAUUUUUUUCACACGGGUCGAUACGGACUACUAGACGCUGCCCCGAUCGAUAUACACUUAAUAAAAUAAUCAUAGUCUUAG